AUCAUGUCUCUGUAUCGAAAUACUCUCUGGUUUUUGAAUGGGAUCCACCAGUACACAAGGCAAGGAUUUGAGACUGCAUCUAAAACCUUUGAGCCCAAGGACCUUGAUGUGUCUGUCGUGGGCCGAUCUUUCAUGAUUACUGGAGCUAACAGUGGAAUUGGCAAAGCAACAGCCAUAGCUAUAGCCAAGAAAGGUGGGACGGUCCACAUGAUGUGUAGGGACAAGAACAAAGCAGAAGAGGCGAAGUCAGAUAUUAUUUCUGUGUCUGGGAACACGGAGGUGUAUGUUCAUGUUGUCGACAUGUCCCAAACAUACCAAGUCUGGGAGUUUGCCGAGGCCUUCAAGAAGCAGUAUCCAUCUCUGAAUGUACUGAUAAACAACGCAGGCUGUAUGGUGCACAAGCGUGAGCUCAAUGCAGACGGCUUGGAGAUGAACUUUGCCACCAACACCAUGGGGGUCUAUAUUCUCACUCAGACGCUAAUACCACUUCUAGAGAAGAGCCGGGACCCCAGAGUGAUUACUGUGUCCUCAGGAGGCAUGCUGGUCCAGAAACUCAGAGCGGAUGACUUGCAGUCAGAGAAGGGCUACUUCGAUGGCGUCACGGUCUAUGCACAGAAUAAGAGACAGCAGGUGGUGUUAACAGAACACUGGGCCAAAACCUACCCUGUUGUUCACUUUUCCGUCAUGCAUCCCGGCUGGGUAGACACACCAGCCAUUUCUACAUCAAUGCCUCAGUUCCAUCAGAUGAUGGGUGACAGGCUACGCACUGCAGAACAAGGAGCUGACACUGUUGUGUGGUUAGCCCUGUCUAGAGUUGCUGCUAGAACACGCAGCGGGCAAUUCUUCCAAGAUCGUGAGCCUGUUCCUGCCCACCUCCCGCUGGCUUGGACUCACAGCUCUGCUGAGGAGAUUCAAAGUUUCAUAGCUCAGCUGGAGACUCUGGCCCGAGGCGUUCAGUCACAGCAUGAAGCAGAUCCUAAAGGUCCCCUGGACCAAUUGCAACCUCAAUUUGUCUAG